UCCACCUGCCACGUGUUCACAAUCUUUCUCCUCCUCCCUCUUUGCUACUUUCUCUAUCCGACAGAUUCAACCUUACAGAACCAAAGACAAAAAGACAAGAUUUUUCGACAAGAUAUUUUGAUCGUCCGAAAGGAACUUACAUCUCAGGUGAAAUCACAAGAACGAUGGACAAAUUGAAGAUAGCUGAAUGGGGAGAGAAGCUGAAGACAGGAGGAGCUCAGAUGAGCAGAAUGGUGAGCGAGAAAGUCAAAGACAUCCUCCAAGCUCCCACCUUGGAAUCCAAAAUGGUUGAUGAAGCCACUCUGGAGACUCUCGAGGAGCCUAAUUGGGGAAUGAACAUGAGGAUAUGCGCUCAGAUCAACAACCAGGAGUUCAACGCCACCGAGAUCGUCAGGGCCAUCAAGAGGAAGAUCUCUGGUAAAAGCCCUGUGAGCCAAAGGCUGAGCCUUGAGCUUCUCGAGGCUUGUGCUAUGAACUGUGACAAGAUCUUCUCUGAAGUUGCUUCUGAGGGAGUUCUUGAUGAGAUGGUUUGGUUGGUUAAGAACGGAGAGGGUGAUUCUGAGAAUAGAAGCAGGGCUUUUCAGCUUAUUAGAGCUUGGGGACGGUCUAAAGAUCUUGCUUACCUUCCUGUCUUCAAGCAGACUUAUAUGAGCUUGGAGGGAGAGAAUGGUUUAAACGCUCGUAGCGAGGAGAAUCCAAUGGCAGGAGCAGGACAAAGUUCUCUGGAGUCUCUUAUGCAACGGCCUGUUCCAGUUCCUCCACCUGGUAGCUAUCCGGUUCCUAAUCAAGAACAGGCUCGUGGAGACGAUGGUGGUGGUUUUGACUAUAGCUUUGGAAACUUGUCGAUCAAGGAUAAGAAAGAACAGAUUGAGAUUACAAGGAACAGCCUCGAGUUGCUCUCUAGCAUGUUGAACACUGAUGGGAAGCCGAAUCACACAGAGGACGAGCUAACGGUAAGCCUUAUGGAGAAAUGCAAGCAGUCACAGCCGUUGAUUCAAAUGAUCAUAGAGAGCACAACGGACGACGAGAGUGUCCUUUUUGAGGCUCUGCAUCUGAACGAUGAGCUCCAACGCGUUCUGUCUAUUUACGAGAAGACUGAUGAAACUGAGAAGAAGGCGUCCAUGGUGGAACAAGAAUCAUCAGGAAGCAAAGAUGCUGGUGGUCCGAAACCAGCAGAAGAACAUCUUGUGAAACAAAAGGAUGAACAUCAAGAAUCACCAGGAUCCUCCAACAAGACUGGUAAAGAAGAUAAGCAGCAGGUGAAAAUAGAACUCGGGUUAUCGAGUGAUGAAGAUGAGAAAUGAGCAAGUCUAAUGUUUGUCCUCUUACGAGAUGGUUAUUAUCAGAACGUUGGGGGGAAGGUUUCUUGUUCUUUUGAUGGUUUCUUCUGGAAUGUACUUUCGACCAUACAUUUGUGGAACCUUUGUUAGCAUCAUUUUCUUUUUAUUGACAUCAACACCG